AACACUCAACCUCAACCACUUGACUCUCAAAAAACCAGGAAAGUCAAAGGAUAGACAGAUAGGGAGAACACGAACACGAAACGAAGUCAACAGCAGAGGGAGCAGGAGGAGAGAUGAGCUACAGCAUCAGGAACAGUCGACUAACCACACCACCAGCCACCUUCAACCGACUCAGGAACUUGACCUACUCGAGAACACUCAGACCAAACUCAAACAUCCUCAUCAUCUGCCUCUUCAUUCUAUUCAUAUUCACACUCUCAUGGAUCCUAUCUAAUCCGAAAUCGAUCAACUCACCCAGCUGGAACGUCUUCAACCAGAUCAACCAGUUUCACCCUACUCAACAAACAGACACAUCUUACAACACAACCAUCGAUCCCAGUCACAGAUUCUUGGUCAGAGAUUGGUCGAACUAUCUUGGCUGGAAUAACUUCAGAUAUACCGUCGAAACAGGCUUGCUACUAGCAAAACUACUCAACAGAACACUCGUCCUACCCGCGUUUGCCUAUUCUCGCGCGUGUGAAUAUGAUGAUAACGAGUGCACCGCUCUCACCCCGAUACUCGUCAAUGGCGUCUCAGUUGACGUGACCUCACUCUCAAAUCGAACCUGGUAUCCUGAUCCGAAGCCUGGUACAAACAUCAUCAGCCCAGACUUGUACCUCCAGUAUGGAAAAGGAUGGGUUUUACCGAUCGAGAAAAUGCUAGAUAUAGAUCAUAUCAUCUCUACCUGGGGGCAUGCCAUCAAACUCGGGGAUUUUCACAAAUUGACCAACCCAGAUCCUUCAUUUCAUUCCAUCGGCGUGUACGACGGAACCUGGGAAUACCAAACUUCCAAUCGCAAUCUCAGCUAUAGAAAGAUGCCCAAAGCUAUGUUCACCAACUUCAGUAUCAGCAUGGUUGAUAGACUGCCCAAACCGAUCAAACCACUCAUAGAUCGAAAGAAACCAUCAAGACCAAGCUCAUCAGCUCUUAUCGCCCAAUGCGAGUCGACCCUCAAGAUACUGGAGGCAAACGUUCCUCAGAAACGGAAUAAAAUUUAUCCACCUGGACCCCGGCGAUCGGACCAAGACCAAAGACUACCCAACUGGGACGAAUCGGAAAUCCGGGGGAAUUACAUGGUUGGAAAACUAGCUGAAUCCGAUAAUCCUUUGCUGGAGAGCUGCUUUGCCUCUAAUGGUUUCCGGUCUGCUUAUGCCUAUGGUAUGCUAGGUUGGUGGAUGAAAGCUCCAUAUGAGCCAAUCAAAAACAUCAAAAGGGUCAAGAACAUGGUCGGUUGGUGGGAUGAACUACAUAAGUAUGAUGAGCAAAUUCUGCACAUUGAGGGAGAACUUCACAACGGAUUUCCACCAGGACAGAUGAUUUGGACGAGCUUAGAAGGCAGACAAGAGUUCGAACGGUUAGUCCGCUCGGUAAUCAGACCUCCACAAUGGUACCAUCAUGUGGCAGCCAGACUAGAGAAAAAGAUGCGAGCGCGAUGUGGAGGGCGGAGUUGGGUUGGAGCCCACAUGAGACGGGGAGAUUUUUUGAUGUUCGAAUGGGCUGCCAAUAAUAUUACUAACCAAUGGAAAGAGAUUAAAAUGAACACUCUCGCCGGUGCCAAUCUCUUACAAAGUCGACCGGAUCUACUCAGACCUACUCAUCUGCAAUUCGGGACGAGUUUAGAACCGCCUCAUGUCGACGACCCAAUUUAUAUCGCAACAAAUAUCAGGCAGAAGGAGGAAGUGGAGUAUUUGAGGAGCAAGAAUAUCGUCCUGUUGACUGAUUUGCUCGAGGAAUCCGAUCGGGUCGAGCUCGGCUUCUCGGGCAAAUAUAUGGACACUACUUCGAUUCUGGAACAGUGUCUGCUGAUGAGAGCUGGUUAUUACUAUGGCGAUGCGCAUUCUUCGGUUGAUGGAUGGAUCUUAAACCGGAGAGUGUUCUAUGGAAUCAGCGAGGAAGUGACGAAGAUCGAAUACUUGAAAUUACCUGGCGACGGUAAAUGAGAACAUCGUCCUGAUAAAAAAACAAUAAACAAGAACAACAACAACCGCUGCAGUCAAACCAAGUCAUCACUCUCACACGCGCCGUCUUGAUCAUCAAAGAAAAAGAAUACAAUAUCGCUUAUGCUUACUUGGAAUAUCUCUCUUCAUUCUUUCCAUCCCCUCCCUCCCUCACUCGCUCACCCUAUUUCGUCUCUGCAAACCGUUCUGUUUUUUUUCUGCAUAUCCGUUAGUCCAAUUCUUGAAAAAUAAAGUAUGGUUAGAUCCUUUUGUUUUGUUUGAAUUUCAUCCUACAUGCUUCUACUUUUUUUUUUUACUCUUCAUAGAUUUUUCGGGGUUUUUCUCAUCUCAUUAUCAUGUUCAUAAACAAAUAAAUCAAAGUUGUAAAUGGAUGCCAA